ACUCCUAAGUCUUAAUUCCUCGUUCGCUCAGAUCUCAGACUCACUCCUCACAUCACAAAAAAAAUGCCGAGUCGACUCGUUCUCCUUCUCUCUCUCACUGCUUUGCUUCUCUUCUCCUCACUCUCUGUAACUCUCUCUUCCAAGGCCGUUGAAAAUGACAUUGAUGAAGACGAAGACCUGAGCUUCCUCGAAGAACCCGAGGACAAAAGCGACGCCGCACACCUCUCAGAUCCAGACCAUUACGACGAAGACUUCGCCGGCGACGAAGACUUCGAAAACUACGCCGAUCUCGACGAGUCGGCUUUCCAGGACGACGACGAGGGCUACAAGGUCCCCGAUGUGGACGAAAAGGACGUCGUCGUUUUGAGGGAAGGGAAUUUCAGCGACUUCAUCGAGAAGAACCAGUUCGUGAUGGUUGAAUUCUACGCGCCGUGGUGCGGCCAUUGCCAAGCUCUGGCUCCGGAGUACGCCGCCGCCGCGACUGAGCUCAAGGGCGAGAACGUGGUUUUGGCUAAGGUCGAUGCGUCGGAAGAGAACGAUUUGGCCCAGCAAUACGAUGUUCAGGGAUUUCCUACUGUGUAUUUCUUCAUUGAUGGUGUUCAUAAGCCUUAUACUGGACAGAGAACAAAAGAGUCUAUAGUGACAUGGAUCAAGAAGAAGACUGGACCUGGAUUAAACAAUAUAACAACAUUGGAGGAUGCUGAACGCAUUUUGACCUCUGAGAGUAAAAUUGUUUUGGGAUACCUCAACUCUUUGGUGGGUCCUGAUAGUGAGGAGCUCUCAGCUGCUUCAAAGCUUGAUGAUGAUGUCAGCUUUUACCAAACUGUGAAUCCCGAUGUUGCAAAGCUUUUCCAUUUUGAUCCUGAAGUUAAACGACCUGCUUUGGUUCUGCUCAAGAAGGAGGUUGAGAAAUUGAGCUACUUUGAUGGUCAAUUUGCGAAGUCUGCAAUAGCUGAGUUUGUAUUUGCAAACAAGCUUCCUUUGGUUAAUCUCUUUACUAGGGAAAGUGCCUCUGUAAUUUUUGAAAGUCCCAUUAAGAAACAGUUGUUGCUAUUUGCUGCAUCAAAAGACACAGAGAAGGUUUUACCAAUAUUUCAGGAGGCAGCAAAACUAUUCAAGGGAAAGCUUGUCUUUGUGCAUGUGGAAAUGGAUAAUGAAGAUGUUGGAAAGCCUGUUUCAGAGUAUUUUGGUGUCAGCGGAGAUGAUCCCAAAGUUAUUGCGUACACAGGAAAUGAGGAUGCCAAGAAAUUUGUGUUUGAUGGGGAAGUGGCCUUGGAUAAACUUAAGGCAUUUGGGGAGGACUUUCUGGAAGACAAGCUAAAACCUUUCUUUAAGUCGGAUCCAAUUCCUGAGACUAAUGACGGGGAUGUGAAAAUAGUGGUUGGGAAUAACUUCGAUGAACUUGUUUUGGAUGAGUCAAAGGAUGUUCUCCUUGAGAUUUAUGCUCCUUGGUGUGGGCAUUGCCAAUCACUGGAGCCAACAUACAACAAGCUCGCCAAACAUCUACGUUCCAUUGAUUCUCUUGUCAUAGCCAAGAUGGAUGGAACAACAAAUGAGCAUCCCAGGGCAAAGGCGGAUGGGUUCCCCACACUUCUAUUCUUCCCAGCAGGAAACAAGAGCUUUGAUCCAGUUACUGUAGAUACUGAUCGCACAGUGGUGGCCUUGUAUAAAUUCAUCAAGAAAAAUGCAGCAAUCCCUUUCAAGCUCCAGAAACCAACUUCAACACCAAAAUCAGAGAGUUCUGAUGCCGAAGAGAGCAAAGAAACCAGCACCAGUGAUUUGAAGGACGAAUUGUGAGGAUGUUUAAUGUAACGAUGAGUAUCUUUUAUCUGUCAUCAGAGAGUUAGACAAGAAAUAGUUGUCAAAUAGAUGGAGAUAGAGUGACUAGAGAGAAUAUCAGGAUUCAAUCCUCAGCCCCAAACCAAAAAAAAAAGGUAAAAAUGAAUUAAUGUUAAUUUUUGCACCUGCUAUGUAUGUUCCGAAGUUCUGAUUAAGAAUUCAAUAAAACGAUCCUAUCUUUAAUCAUA